AUUAUUCGAAUCAUCGAUAAUAUUGUCAUUAACUGGAUCUCUGAGCGCACUACUUCCCUCUAUGGUGAGCCUCUUGAAGCUCAGAACUGUAGACGCCAAAGUUUCAGAAUAUUUCCACAGUAUGGUCCAAGACACAGUGAACUACAGGGAGAAGAACAACGUUAAACGCAACGACUUUAUGCAACUGCUUAUCCAGAUCAAGAAUCGUGGCAAAGUGGAGGAAGAACACGGUUACCUGGAGCAGAAUGGCCAUGGAGACUUGGAGAACAAGUCUGAUGAGAAUGGUUUGUCGAUGAACUCACUGGCGGCCCAGGCCUUCGUUUUCUUUGUUGCGGGUUUCGAGACUUCGUCAACCACCAUGACGCUCUGUCUGUACGAGCUGUCAUUGCACCAGGAUAUACAGGAACGUCUCCGGGAAGAGAUCGACAUAGUGCUGAAGAAACAUGACGGCAAGAUUACGUAUGAGGCCAUCCAGGAGAUGGAGUAUCUGGAUAAAGUUGUCUCAGGUAAGGCUUGCACAAAAUUUAAGUAUUUAAAUUUGCUUCAACGUAGCCUUGAUCAUCAUAAGUAUACUCCCUUCAAUUACUAUCCGUUGCAACCGAAU